AUGUGCUGGAUACACAGGGGCAUGAUCUCGUCGGCAGUCGCCAACGUAACGGGAGAUUCCUGCGAAAAGUACCUAAAGUUCAUCCUGUCGAUGCUCACACUGCUGCUCUCGUACCAAAUCACGCCAAUCAUGGUACUACCAGAGGCAGUAAUGACCUACCGACGUCGUAGACUAGGUAGUAGAUCACUAUGGAAUGAGUGUAACGAGUGGAAGAGUGACGGCAAGAUGCUAAGCAUUGACUUAUCUACUUGA